UAGAAGCAAAGAGAAAAACAGACGAAAAAAUGGCAAGUUUCUCUUCUAAAUCCAAUAACAGAUCCAUCAGUUUGCCAUCCAGAUCACAUCCAGCUACUCAGAAUAUUGAAGAGGAGCUUAACAAGCUCAAGACUUGGGAAUUCUCUGUUUCACCAACAGCAGAAGCUGUUUAUAAUGGUCUAGUUGGUUUUGGGGAGGUGCAUAAGUGUAUGGGUGAUCUUCUAAACUUGCCCCUGACACUUCAAGCCCUUUCCCAGUGCCAAAAUAAGAAAUGGGUUGAUGAAAUCUUGGAUAAAUCUGUGAGAUUUCUUGAUAUUUGCGGCACAACAAGGGAGCUCGUGUCGCAGUUUAAAGAAAAUGUUAAAGAUGUUCAGUCUUCACUGAGGAGGAAAAGGGGAGAUUUGAGCAUCACCAGCUACACCUCUUUCAGGAAGAAGAUGAAAAAAGAUGCUAAAAACCUAGUCACAUCUUUGAAGAAAAUGGAUCAUGAGGAAGUGGUUGCUGUAAUGGAAGUUGAUGAUCAACUUGUCUCAGCUGUUAUCAGAGUACUGAGAGAAGUUACCACAACAGGAAUAUCAGUUUUCCAAAUGGUGUUGGCUUUCUUGUCAGCCCCAAUUACUAAGCCAAUUAGCAAAUGGUCUUUGGUUUCAAGAUUGGUGAACAAGGGUGGAUAUCAAGAGAACGUCAAUGAGAUAGAAAGUGUUGAUGCUGCAUUAAGCAGCCUUUCCAAGUGUGGUCCUAAUGAUGUGGAGAAGAUCCAGUUUGUGCAGAGCAUAUUGGAAACAGUGGAAGUUCAUUUUGAAUGCAUUGAGAAUGGUUUUGACAACAUCUUUAGAUGCUUGAUCAGAUCAAGGAGCACACUACUAAAUGUUGUCUCUUGCCAAUGAAAAUAGUAUUGUAUUGCAUAAGCAUCCGAUUAUUGUAGGACAUACUUGUGAAGGAACAAUUUUUGUAAUUACACAUAUACAGCAAA